GGCGGCGGCGCCCGUCGCCCGAGCACGCAGAGCGGCGGCGGCAGCUCGGGGGCCGCCGCUGCCCCGGCUGCCAUGAGUUGUGCGGAGGUGAUGUAUCACCCCCAGCCGUAUGGAGCGCCCCAGUAUCUGCCCAACCCUGUGGCAGCUGCAACCUGCCCCACAGCUUACUACCACCCGGCGCCCCAACCUGGCCAACAGAAGAAGUUAGCGGUAUACAGCAAGAUGCAGGACUCUCUGGAAGUCACCCUUCCCAGCAAACAAGAGGAGGAGGAGGAUGAGGAGGAGGAGGAGGAGGAGGAGGAGAAAGACCAGCCUGCCGAGAUGGAGUACCUUAACUCUCGCUGUGUCCUUUUCACUUAUUUCCAGGGAGACAUUGGGUCAGUAGUGGAUGAACACUUCUCAAGAGCUUUGGGCCAAGCCAGCACCCUCCAUCCAGAAUCUGCCAUUUCAAAAAGCAAGAUGGGGCUAACCCCCCUAUGGCGAGACAGCUCAGCUCUCUCAAGCCAGCGGAGUAGUUUCCCGACUUCCUUUUGGACCAGCUCUUACCAGCCCCCAUCUGCACCCUGCUUGGGGGGUGUUCAUCCUGACUUCCAGGUCACUGCACCCCCUGGCACCUUUACCGCAGCUGACCCCAGCCCCUGGCCAGGACACGGGCUGCAUCAGACUGGCCCGGCCCCGCCCCCUCCCGUGUCCGAGCCCUGGCACUAUCCUUUGGCAUCUCAGGUGAGCCCGUCCUACAGCCACAUGCAUGACGUAUACAUGCGACACCACCACCCCAGUGCCCACAUGCACCACCGCCAUCCCCACCACCACCACCACCCUUCUGCUGGCUCUGCCCUGGAUCCGUCCUACGGGCCCCUGCUGAUGCCCUCAGUGCGUGCGGCCAGGAUUCCUGCUCCCCAGUGUGACAUCACAAAGACAGAUCCGACUACAGUCACCACUGCUACCUCAGCGUGGGCCGGAGCCUUUCAUGGAACCGUGGACUUAGUGCCAAGUGUGGGGUUUGAAACAGGUCUACAGCAUCAAGACAAGAGCAAGGAAUCACCAUGGAAAGAGACAUUUUCAUAUUUCUGUUCAUUCUUCAAAUGCAGGUCGCAUAAUAUGUCAGUGAUAAAAGAUGGUGGAGGACUUUGUAAGUAAAAACAAUGUUAUCUUCAAUAUGUUCAAUAAAUAAUUUAAUGUGAAUUUAAUGUUUGUAUUUUAAGGUAGCAUUUUGGUUUGGUCUGCAUUUCUUGACAAUUAACUAAAGCUCUGUUUUCUUCUUAUCCGAUUAAGCGAUUUAUAAAUAUCUUUGGAAAUUAAAACAUUCUAGUGUUUUGUUUGUUUGUUUUUAUGAGGUUAAUUUCUAAGGCCAGGGAAUCUAAUUGUUACAGUGAGGAGUGGGUUAGAAGCGAAGUGUUUAUAAUGGAAGGGCAAGUGAAAUGGGCCAUGUUAAUUACAUAACAGCAGGAAGCUUGUGAAUGAAUUUAGUACAAUGCUUCUAAAAUUAUCAUUGACUAUGAGAAAUGCAUUUUGUUGCUUUGUUUUUACACUUGUUGGUUACAGAACUUGAUAUAAGUAUUAUGGAAAAAAUCCAAAAAACAAAACAAAAAAACUUUCCUAACAAUUCAUUGGCACUGAACAACUGCACCUGGAAAGGAAAAUUCUAAGAAUUUUUGAAGGAAGCUGGAGUUUUCCUACAUUGGACUCUACUUUCUUCUUAAAUGGAUCUUUCAUUUAGAAGUGCAAAAGUCUAGAAAUAAGUGUUUGAAUCAGUAGGCUCUCCAACAUAUUAGGUGAGAUAAUUUCGCAUUCUUAACUGUUUGCCAUAUUUAAACGAGAUUAGUGUUAUGAGUUUUCUAUGGCCACUGUAAAAAAUUACCACAAACUUAAUGGCUUCAAACAACACAUUUAUUAUCUUAACCACCCUGUAGGUCAGACAUUCGGCACUGCUCUCAGGCUAAAAUCAAAGUGUCAGCUGCAUUCCUUCUGGAAGCUCUAAGGGAGAGUCUCUUUCCUUGUUGCAAGCUUCUAGAGUCCUUGACUAAUGGCCCCCUUCCUCCAUCUUCUAAGCCAUCAGCUACUGGCCAAGUCCUUCUCACAUAGCAUCACUCUGACCCUCUCUUUUGUGCCUCUCUCACAUGUUUAAAGACCUUUGUAAUUACAUUGAGUCUGCCUGCGUAGUCUCCUCAUCUCAAGGUUCUUAAUUUAAUUACAUCUGCAAAGUUCUUAAAUGUAAGGUGACAUUCACAGGUCCUAAAGAUUAGGAUGUGAGUAUUUUUUUGAAAGGGGCAUUAUUCUACCACCACAAUUAGUAGUAGAUUUCGAUAUAUUUUUUCAUCAGCCCUGUAACCUGAGAGUAUUUAAUGUAUCACUGAAACUAGCAAGGCUUAUUCCAUGUUUACAAUGGUCAUUUGUGGAGAAUUCAUCUUCCUUCAGUUAAAUAAUGGCAUAUGAAGGGAAUUUCUGUUGUUAUUUGAAACAUUUCACGUGGUUAUUAUAGUGCCUUGGAAUCUAAAGGGCUAUGCGGUAUUUAUGUCAGACAAGCAUUCAGGGGGGUGGAGGGCAGGACAUCUGGUGUAGAUUCUUCCUAGCUGAAGUGUGUUUUCUCUGGGGAUAAUCAACUACCAUUUAAUUGUUUUGCUUCCUUUUUUGGGAACGUGUGAUCAUCCUGUGAUGCCUUAAGUCUCCAACCAUCUCAUUUGACCUGCUUAUACACAUGUGACAAAAAUAUCUAUAUAUGACCACACUGACACAGUAAAGCUUUUACAUUUUUGUCCAGAUUGAAUCAUUACAUCUGUUAUCAGUUAAGCAGUGGAACAACUGUGAUGGAAAGCAAACCUGUUUUGAUGCAUUUAAUGUGUAAAGUAGGUACCUGUACUCUGGAAUGUUGUUGAUCAGUAAAUGAGCUAGACUGUCUUCGAAACACUCAAGUACAACCGUUUUACUUUCCACACCAAGUUUGGCUGUGGCUGAAUGAAGGACACCAGCAUGGAUCUUUGCUUUGCACUUGUAAAACACACUGUUUGCAGAGAGCCAAAUAUAGCAACAGAGGAUUUAUUAUCUUGCCAAAAAAUACAAAAUCUGUUCCCCUUUAAACACGACACUCUAUCCUUUUCUUGUGGAUCUUGCUAAAAGAAAAAUAAAGCUUUAAACAACCCCA